CGACGACCCACGACAAUUCGACAUGGCGGACGUAAAACCAACGACGAAGAAGUUCGGCAAAGGCGAGCGCUCAAUACCUCACGCGACGCAGAAAGCCAGCAAGUACUAUCCCACUGAGGACGUCAGCGCCCCGAAGAAGGCCCGCAAGUCGAUCCGCCCAGCAAAGCCGCGGGCCUCCCUCAUACCUGGCACCGUCGUUAUUCUCCUCGCUGGCCGCUUCCGUGGCAAGCGUGUCGUUCUUCUCAAGCACCUCCCCCAGGGCGUUCUCCUCGUCACUGGCCCCUUCAAAGUCAAUGGUGUGCCUCUGCGAAGGGUAAACGCCAGAUAUGUCAUCGCUACAUCAACGAAGAUAGACCUGAAGGGCGUGGACGAGGCUGUGUUGAAGAAAGCGAGCGGUGACGGAUACUUCACUAAAGACAAGGCGAGCAAGAAGCCGGGAGAGAAGGCUUUCUUCGAGCAGGGUGAAAAGCCAGAGAAGAAGGAAACUGCGAAGGACCGAGUGGAGGACCAGAAGGCCAUCGACAAGGCUCUCUUGGCAAACAUCAAGAAGGAAGCCCACCUCAUUGAUUAUCUGAGCUCGACCUUCAGCCUCCGCAAGUCGGACAGGCCACACGCAAUGGUCUUCUAGAUUGGGGAUGGGUGGGCAUUUGGCGUUCAGUGCAUGGGAUGAAAGGCAACUCGGCAUGCUGCAGCCGUAAUAGCAGGUCCUCAAACCACAACACAACACUUUAGCACGGCAGAUAACUUUUUCAUGGAGGACCCGGUUCUGCAUUUCCCUUUACAAUCUUGUAACAAGGAAAACGAAUUCGACACAGUCCGAAAGUGAAGGUCACGCAGAUUGUCUGUGAUGUUAUGAUUGGGGGCAUUCAUAAUCAAGAGCAUUAAACCCCAGCUUCCCGAUGCUAAUGGUGCGAGAUAGGAUAGAGCCGCCAGUACAUUUUCGAUGUUGUCACCACCGCAUGAAUCUUAAA